ACGAGGUGGAACUGCGGUCAAGCAAAGUUUUCCUGUUUCCUGUGCCAGCGGAGCCUGGGGAUCUGCUCCCGCGUCGGCCGCGUCGGCAGCAGCAGGAGGGAGGACAGCACCAGGAGGGUCCGCCGGGAGAGUGGGAGCCAUGUACAGGAAUCAGAUCAGAGGCAUGUAUAUACCUAAGCAGGUGUUAAAAGACCAGUUUGAUCCCUUUAAGUCUCCACGGGAGACGUAUCUACUAUGCAAACUGCAAUGGGGUAAGAGCAAAAAGUCUUGGAAACACUGGGUCAAAAAUUAUUAUGAUGAUGAUGAUUAUUAUCAUGCUGAAGUCUACUUCCUGAAAGAAAUCUUUAGAAUGAAACCAUCCUGUCCUUCCUAUUAUGUCAACUGUUCCAUCACGUGGUACCUGUCCUGGAGCCCCUGUGGGAAGUGCUGCAAUAAAAUACUGGAUUUCUUAGAGACGCACUGGAAUGUGAACAUAGACAUUCGUGUGGCACGGCUUUACUUCAAAGACUCUGAAAGAAACCGCAGAGGCCUGAAGAAACUUGCGAGGUCGGAGCAAGUAAACAUUAAUGUCAUGAACAAGCAAGACUAUAAAGACUGUGUGGAAAACUUUAUCCGAGGAGGUUAUGUUGCAGCUGAUGGUUUCUGGACUGUGAACUUUCAGCCAGCGAUAACUGCGAAUCGUUGGAAACUCUGGGACAUCUUAGAGUAUCCUUAUUUAUAGAAUCAAAGAAUCACAGAAUAUCUCAAGUCGAAGUGACCCAAAAGGAUCAUCAAGUCCAACACCCUGCUCCUUGCAGGACUAUCUAAAACUAAACAAUAUGACUAAGAGCAUCAUUCAGGUGCUUCUUGAAUUCUGACAGGCCUGAUGUGGUGACCACUUCCCUGGGGAUCCUCUUUCUGUGAUUGACCAGCUUCUCAAUGAAGAACCUUUUUCUGAUGUCCAAGCUGAACAUCUACUAAUGCAGCUUCGUUCCAUUUAGUCCUGUCCUAUCACUGGUCACCAGAAAGUCAGCUUCAGGAUUACUUCAACUUCAGAAUUAUCCUGUCCCAGCUGGAGAAUCCAAGACUUGCUCUUGUUAAAUUUUGUACAGUUGGUGACUGCACAGCUCUCCAGUCUUUCCAGAUCUCUCUGCAUGGCCAGAUCUCUCUACCCUCAAGGGAGUCCACAAUUCCUUCUAGUUUAAUGUCAUUGAAAUAAGUACUUAAUUUUGAUUCCUACCUUUGAUUCCCUCAUACAGAUAAUUUAUAAAAACAUUGAAGAUCACUGGCUGUAAGACUGAGCCCUGAGGAACCCCAGAGGUGACUGGUUACCAGCCUGAUGUAACCCCAUUUACUGUAGCUUUUUGAGCUAUCAGCCAGUUGCUUACCUAGUGCCCUAUGGACUGGUCUAUCUGUGUGCUGGACAUUUUAUUCUGAAGGAUACUGUGAGAGUAGUAUAAAAUCUUUGCUGAAAUCCAAACCCACCACAUCUACUGGCUUCCCUUGGUCAACUAGGUGGGUGACCUUAUCAUGAAAUGAAAUGAAGUUGAUUAAGCAGGACUUUCCCUUUGUGAACCUGUGCUGACUAUGACCAAUGACUGCAGUCUUGUGAGAGACUGAAAACCUGAAAGAGUUAGUGUCUCAAACAUCUGUCAGAAGAGAAAAGAAAUGUUACCGUGCAAAUGAGACAAGGUGCAGUUAGAAAAGAGGGUCUUGAGAAGGCAGGAUAGUGCUUUUCUGUGUCCAACUUCCUUAACUUGGGUGACUAUCUCUAAAACUCAAUUUGAGACAGCAUUGCACUUGUGUCUCAGAUGGAGGAGGGUAAUUGAAAGCACAAUACCCCCCACUCCUCUUCUGCAAAGUUUGAGAAUCACAAAAUGUACAUGUGUGGGGACUAGGCUAUAAACAGCGCAACAGAUGGGCAGGGUGUGCACCCACCAUCCAUGCACCCUCCAUCCGGAGGAACUGGACCAGAGAUGACACUGGAAUCCUGUGUGGUGAUCCAGAUGUUUUUUUUUUAUCUACCUCUAUUUUCCUAUCUUUCCUUCUUCCUUUCUUCCUCUCCUUAAAAGUUUAAUUCACUGCGGUUGCAGGCUGUUCAAAGAUCACUGCCAUGUGUUGUUCAGAAAGGUUUUGUCCACUUGCUGUUCAGAAAUGUUUAAAUCGUUGUUUCUACAGGUUGCCUAACCUAUCAUAAAGUUUAAAUCACUACUGCCUAUACAAAUAAAACUUUCCAAUUGAUUGU